CAAAAAGUAACUAGAUUUCUCCCUAGAAUUGCAACUUGCACACAAUAAAAAUGGCACAAAACCGAUAAUGCUGCAAUUUCCAAAUCUCGCAUGAAACAAUCAGCUGAACUUCAUCUGCGCAUGCUCUUGAUCAAGAAAAAUUGAACAUUGUAUUGCAUCAUGUCAAGAGACCAUAAUAAUAAUUUCCAAGCCAUCGAAAUGGAGAUAAAAUGCUUCAUCUUUCUAUUUCUCGUUGGUGUAGUUGUUGCCUUUCCCCAAAAAGAAGGAAAUGCAUACACACAAGAAGCUAUUAAACAAGCACAGAAUACAUUUUUAAUUCCUAAAGAUGCUCAAAUACAAAAGGUACAAGAAGGCAUUGAAAUUGGGGCCUAUGAAAGCAUACCCGGAAAUCAAAAGGUGAAUCUAUUUGAAAUCUUGGGCGAUCAAUUUCCCCCUGAAGUAGUGAGCAAUCUUCAAUCUCAAAUUGAUCAAGUAGGAAGAAGCUGAAUGUCAUGUGAUAUGAGUCAAUUGGAGUUUGUCUCUAAAUCGCGAGCAAACUUUCUGUUGUCCAUUUAAGUUUUAUGAUAAUUGUAACAAUAAUGCCUGUACAUAUUUUUAUAUUUUUUUAAAUCCAUUAAAACUUUAUACAAA